AUGAUCAAAAUGCUCGGCGAAAUCGUGCCAGGAAAACCGGAAGUGAAUUGCGAGCGUCUCGCCAACGCCGACGUCGAAUUCUGCUCAAAUGCGUGUAUGGCAUCCGAUAGUUGUGUGGCCGUCCAGCUCGACGAUUCUGAAUGCCGUUUGUGCAAUUAUUCAACGCAGCCAAAUAUCAGGAAAUGCGACGCUCAAAAAGUGGCAAUAAAGAUGACCGUCGAAGGCGAUGAGUGUCCGACGUAUCAGCGUCCGAUUUUCGAUAAUCUGCCGCCAAUUUCGGCGAAAUUGACGAUUGGCAAUCGAUUUGUGUUCUAUUCUUUUCGGAAAUUCAACGAAACAAUCUACGCCAACACAUUUUCGAAUCCUUGGGCGAUAUUCACACGCAAAUCCGGCCGACAGGUGUAUUAUGGCGCGUUUUGCGCGAAACAGUUGAAGCGCAUCGAAGAGGCGAUGGGCAUUUGCGCGCAUUUCGGCGCCGCAUUGGCCGGCAUCGAGUCUCGACAGGAAAUCGAGUUCAUCGUGGACGCUUUGCCGAUAAACGCGACGAUCUGGCUGGGAGCUGAGCGGCCGUCGAAUUGCGACGCCGACUGCGGUCACAACGGGUUUGAAUGGUCCGAAACAACGAUUAGUGGAUACGACGUCGUCGAGUGGGCUUCCGGAUAUCCAUUGGAAUCUGGCGAUUGCAUUAGUUGGAAUGUUGGCGAUGGGAAAAUUCGAAAUCAUGGAUGCAUUUUCGAUUCGGCGGAUUCUGAAGCGGUUCCGCUCUGCAUGACAUGCGUGAAACCCGUUUAA